AAUACACUUCCUUUGUCUGAUUUACUUUGCAGAGAAUCACAGAUGACGAGCUGUCGAGUCGCAUCCAGAGGAUGCUGGGUAAUUAUGAGGAUGGAUAUGAUGGACCUGAGGACGCUGCGCUUCCUUACGAGCGCUCCACGCAGUUCCCUCAGGCGCAGUCGGGACACACGGAUCGCUCCAGAGCCACCUCCGGCCCUGCUUCAGGAGAGAGCUGGGACAGUUUCCCGGCCCUGUCCCCUCUGCGGUCCAGCGACUCGGACCCCGGCCCGUCUCCGGAGCGGCCUCCGCUGAACCUGCACAGUAAACUGGCCAAGGCCAAGAAACCCACAGCGUACGUGAGGCCGAUGGACGGUCCGGAUCAGGUGACCAGCAACUCUCCUGAACUGAAGGCCUCACUGGAGUCGUAUGAGCACUUACAGGACCUGAAGGAAAGCAGCAAACCAAACCUUGCCCCUCUGCAGGCUGCUGAUACUCUCUCUCGUCUGCAUGUGGAGGACAUUCUGCAGGAAAUGACCUCAUGGCCUCCACUGCUGACGACCAUUUGCUCGCCAACCACAGCCGAGCCGCCCAAGGUCCUCUCCACUAACGAGGAGACACAUGGAAUACCGGCCCUCAGAAGGAGCAGAAUCUGA